AAGCCGAUAUUUCGAGCAAGAACUGUAUCAGAUGCACCACCUUUUGACCCCAGCAAUAUUGUGUCAUUGCAGCUCAUGUUUAGCAAGUUUGAAUUUGAUGGGACACUGAAUCCUACUUUUGUGGAAUGGGAAUUUAAGCUCCCAUUAUCAAGCAUACGAGCAUAUCUAAAAGAGCCUAUUACUCCCAGGUUCGUACACGUAGGUUCUGCAGGAGUUACCCGACCUGACAGGCCUGGACUUGAUCUAAGUAAACAACCUCCUGCUGUUCGCUUAAACAAGGAAUUGGAUUUUAUCCUGACAUUCAAGUUGAAGGGGGAGGAUUUAAUAUGGGAAAGUGGAAUCCCAUAUACAAUUGUGAGGCCCUGUGCAUUAACUGAGGAGCUUGCCGGAGCAGAUCGCAUUUUCGACCAAGGAGACAAUAUAACGGGUAAGAUAUCAAGAGAGGAGGUUGCUCAGAUUUGUGUUGCUGCGUUGGAAAGCCCCUACGCAUCUGGCAAGACAUUUGAGGUCACAGCCCGACUUAUGUCCCUUAAUUGUGUGCUGUGGCUGUAAUUUGCUAUUUUUGGAAGUUAAAAGCUUUUGCAGAUUCGGAGAUGCUUAGACUCAGUGGGGUAAAUUUAUUAGAUUAGAUCACAAAAGAAAAUGGACCUUCUUCAUCAUCCAUCAGAUGGA